AUGUCAGGCUCCAAGGGAAGUGCGAAUUUCGUAUGGAAAUGUCAGCUCUGCCAAAGAGAAGCAUCAGCAUACGCCAAGUCGAAAGUUUUCCCCGUCUACACUCAAGCCCAAAGUCAGGAACACAAGUCCCUGGCAAUCUGUACGGUCGAAUGCCGAGGCUGCGAAUUCGUCGAAUACGAUAUCCGAGGUGAAUGGCAUUGUAACGGCGCAGGGAGCGGGACGAAGUUCAAAGGAAUUGAAUUUGACGACGGAGAAUGGCAUGAUUACGAUGAGAAAAGUGGCUUGCCCGUCAGCAUCACCAAUGUUCAAACUGAGAUCGUCCGAGCAUAA